CACUUCUUGAGUGUGCUACCGCAGUAUAGCAAAUCCUUUUCCUUCACUUCUCAAAUCCUUCUUGGAUCUAAUCAACAAAUAUGAAGUUCGUCGUUGCCGUAGUCAUGUUGGCUUUCGCCGUUGUUGGUGUACACUCAUCCCUGUUGGGCGCUCAGAUUUCACCUGGAGUUUCUUACGUGGCACCCCCAUUACUCGGAGGACUUGGCCCAUUGGGUAUUCCCGGUCUGUUGGGUGGCAUACCCGGCAUCUCGCUCAGCCAGGGACCAUUGGGCGGCGUGCACGGCGGUCUAUUGGGUGGCAUUCCCGGCAUCUCGCUCAGUCAGGGACCAUUGGGUGCUGCCAUUGCUGGUCCUAUCGCCUUGGGUGGUGGUCCAGGUGUUUAUGUGGCAAAGACUCGUGGUGCUAUCCAUACCGCCCCACUGGAAGGACACAUCAACUCGGCGACCUCUGUGAAUUUGGCACCAGCUCCAGGCACCUUGUAAGCAUCCCAUACGGCAUCACCUCAUCGCUCCACCGAGAAUACAACGAUUCUAUACACACCUAUACGGAUUUUAAAUACAAUCAAGAGAACAAUUUGAUGCAAAUGUGUAAACUCUUUCUUAUUGAUAUCGACAUCCCGUUUUCAUUAUCCGCAACCUCUGAUCAGACUAGUUGUUUUAUA